GCCAUGGAGCUGCUAAAGCUGAACCGGAGCGCGCAGGGGUCCGGACCUGGGCCGGGGGCUUCCCUGUGCCGCCCGGGGGGGGCCCUCCUCAACAGCAGCGGUGCGGGCAACCUCAGCUGCGAGCCCCCUCGCAUCCGCGGAGCCGGGACACGAGAACUGGAGCUGGCCAUUAGAGUCACCCUUUAUGCAGUGAUCUUUCUGAUGAGCGUUGGAGGAAAUGUGCUCAUCAUCGUGGUCCUGGGACUGAGCCGCCGCCUGAGGACUGUCACCAACGCCUUCCUGCUCUCACUGGCAGUCAGCGACCUCCUGCUGGCUGUGGCUUGCAUGCCCUUUACCCUCCUGCCCAAUCUCAUGGGCACGUUCAUCUUUGGCACAGUCGUCUGUAAGGCGGUUUCCUACCUCAUGGGGGUGUCUGUGAGUGUGUCCACACUAAGCCUCGUGGCCAUCGCCCUGGAGCGAUACAGUGCCAUCUGCCGACCGCUGCAGGCACGCGUGUGGCAGACGCGUUCCCACGCGGCUCGUGUGAUUAUAGCCACGUGGAUGCUCUCUGGACUGCUCAUGGUGCCCUACCCGGUGUACACCGCCGUACAGCCAGCAGGAGGGGCCCGUGUGCUGCAGUGUGUGCAUCGCUGGCCCAAUGCGCGUGUCCGCCAAACCUGGUCGGUCCUGCUGCUCCUGCUCUUGUUCUUCGUCCCGGGUGUGGUCAUGGCUGUGGCCUACGGGCUCAUCUCCCGCGAGCUCUGCUUAGGACUUCGCUUUGACGAAGACCGUGACAAGGAGAGCCAGAGCCGAGGCCCAAGCCAUGGAGGGCUGCGGAGUGGGGCGGCACCAGGUCCUGCCCACCCCAAUGGGCGUUGCCUGCCCGAGAAUGGGCUGGCUGGCGAGGAUGGUGAUGGCUGUUACGUGCAGCUUCCGCGCUCCCGGCAGACCCUGGAGCUGUCCGCACUGACCGCGCCCACUCCUGGGCCAGGAUGUGGCCCCCGGCCCUACCAGGCCAAGCUGUUGGCUAAGAAGCGCGUGGUGCGGAUGUUGCUGGUGAUCGUUGUGCUUUUUUUCCUGUGUUGGUUGCCACUGUAUAGUGCCAACACGUGGCGUGCCUUCGACAGCUCUGGUGCACACCGCGCACUUUCAGGAGCGCCGAUCUCUUUCAUCCAUUUGCUGAGCUACGCCUCAGCCUGUGUCAACCCCCUGGUCUACUGCUUCAUGCACCGUCGCUUUCGCCAGGCCUGCCUUGAGACGUGUGCCCGCUGCUGCCCCAGGCCUCCACGAGCUCGCCCCAGGCCUCUUCCCGAUGAGGACCCUCCCACCCCUUCCAUUGCUUCGCUGUCCAGACUGAGCUACACCACCAUCAGCACACUGGGGCCUGGCUGAGGGGUAGAGGCGGAGUGGAGGCUGAGGCGGGACACACCCAUUCCUACAAGCAGGGACCCAUCCAGACACACGAGAGACACACACCCACUGACAUAGGAGACUGACACCCAAAAGCAUGGACUAAUCCCAAUGUGCCCACCCACGCACACACACACACAAGUGGCUUACCUGACACAAAA